AUGGCACAAUCGUUCUUGAAAAACUACUUGGGCCUUGGGCGGUCGUCGUCAGUGGACGACGACAAGACCCCCGUCAGGGCUUUGCCGGCCUCAUGGUACACCUCUCAGGAAAUGUAUGAAUUGGAAAGACGAGCCAUUUUCUCAAGAAAAUGGCUUCUGAUCACCCACAAACUGAGACUGGCCAACCCAGGCGACUGGCUCCGAUAUGAUGUGGCUGGUUUCCAGUUCAUUCUCUGUCAAGACCGCGACGGGAACAUCAAUGGUUUCCACAAUGUCUGUCGCCACCGUGCUUUCCCUAUCGUGACCGAGGAAAAAGGUCACAACAAUAUCUUUGCUUGCAAGUACCAUGGCUGGUCAUACGGCCUCAAUGGCAAGCUAGCCAAAGCACCAGAAUAUCAAGACCUACCAGGAUUCGAUAAAUCUCAAAACGGGCUCCUGCCUAUCCAUACCCACAUUGACCACAACGGUUUUAUCUGGGUCAACUUGGAUUGCGGUGCGAAGCCCGAAAUCGCCUGGAACGACGACUUUGAAGGUGUCGACAAGCAAGCCAGAUUCGAACACUACAACUUUGAUGAGUACCAAUUUGAUCACAGCUGGGAGAUGGAAGGUGAAUAUAACUGGAAAAUCCUGGCCGACAACUACAAUGAGUGCUAUCACUGCAAGACCACCCAUCCUGAUAUCCCGACCAUUGCGGACCUCAGCUCUUAUGGGGUCACGACCCAGGGCGGUCACAUUCAACACUUUGGCAACCCUACGCCGGAGCAGAUUGCUCGGGGUCUUCGGGUGGCGGCCACCUACUUUUUCCCCAAUGCAUCCUUGAAUGUUUCGCCGCACUUUUUCUUCAUCCAGAGAUUCGUCCCCAGCGGCCCUGUCAAGUCCACCAUGAGAUAUGAAGUCUACAGGAACAAAAACUCUAGUGAUGAGGACUUUGAACUGGUCAACCAAAUCUAUAAGAGAAUCAUGUCGGAGGACAAGUACCUCUGCGUCAACACCCAGAAGAAUCUCAAUGCGGGAGUCUUUGUCAAUGGCGAGUUGCAUCCCCGGAUGGAGAAGGGCCCGCUGUUCUUCCAGAAGUCAGUGCGUGACCUGGUGCAAGCCCACCACAAGCGAGAGACGGAGGCGCAUGAAGAGAUCUGGCCAGCCCGACAAACUCUACCAAAGGCGGAUGUGACCAGCCAGAAGGACGUUGCUUUCUGUUCUGCAGUGGAUUGUUGCCGGAUCAACAAGGAGCCCAUUGCUGUGUAA